AUGGCUACUGAAAGUGGUUCCUCUCGUGUGAUAUUGAUCCCAAUCGAUGGAAGUGAUCACUGUGAUCGAGCAUUUCGUUGGUACCUGGAGAAUAUGAAGCGAGACAACGAUUGCGUAAAAUUUGUACACGUAAUCGAGCCAGUUUAUAAUACCCCAGCCAUUGGAAUGACAAUGGAAUCUCCUCCAAUACCUGAUAUGACACGGGUUAUGGAAGAAAGCAUUGAACAAGGUAAAAAGCUUGGCCAGAAGUAUAUGCACGAAGCUAAAAGUUACAAACUCAGUGCUCAAGCGUUUUUACAUGUUGAUACGAAACCUGGUAGCUCUCUAGUAAAAGCAAUUUCAGACCACAAAGCAAAUGUUAUUCUCAUGGGCAAUCGUGGUCUUGGAGCUAUUCGUCGUACAUUCUUGGGGAGUGUUAGCGAUUAUGUCCUUCAUCAUGCUCAUAUUCCUGUGGUUAUCGUCCCUCCUCAAGAAAAGCAGUAA